AUGGCAGAUUCCAAACCGAAUCAAACCAUCGUAAAUGAAUUCCUCGCUUUCCUUCAAGAAAAAGACAAGCUGUUACUGGAAGGGGCGAUGGAUGCGGCAGCUGCUUUCCGGAUGUCUUCGCGUGCGUCGAGGUUCUCCGUGGACGACAUCCGUGAAGCGAAGAGAGUGUUGUGCGAGUCCCUUGGGAUUGCCGGCACCUAUGUACCUCACCGGAGAGGCGACGAAACCGGGAAGAAAAGUCUCGAGGACAUUAAGAAGAUCCUGAAGGAGUACAAAGAUCGGAUUCCGGAGUUUGUUGCGACGGAUAUCAUCGUUCCGCCGUACGAUCCGGAUAACGUCGACGUUCGCAGCUUGUUUAGGGAAAUCGUGGCCCUAAAAACAAGUUUAGCCGCAGUUAUCUCGAAGUUUGAAGCUAGCAUGGAAACGAUUACCGAGUUACGCAACGAAAUCAAAUGGUAUGUCGACAUAAAACUUAACAAAGGUCGUGGAGUGAAAACCACCAAAGGGUAUGUUGCCGUUUUCGUCUGCAUGGCGACCAAAGCCGUGCACUUCGAACUGGUGUCAGAUUUGAGCACAUCCGCUUUCAUAGCAGCAUUGAAGAGGAUGUCUGCCCGGCGUGGAAAACCUAGUCACAUGUACAGUGAUAACGGCACAAAUCUGACAGGCGCAAACAACGUACUCCAGCAAGAAUUAGCAGAAAUACAGCAGAUUUACAACAACGACUUCCUAACCGAAAAACUCACCUAUGAAGAAUUUUAUACGGUGUUAGCUCAUAUAGAGGGAUGCAUGAACAGCAGACCACUCUGCGCAAUAUCAGAAGAUCCAGAUGAUUUGGACUACCUGACACCAUCGCAUUUCCUUAGCAGUGGUCCUGUGCUAACCAUAUUAGACACGGAACAGGACGAGCGAACAAGGUGGCACAGAACACAAAAGAUACAUCAAGACCUGUGGAAGCGAUGGCAGUCAGAGUACCUCUGUCAACUAUCAGUCAGAAGCAAAUGGAAGCAACAACAGGAAAACCUUAAAAUCAAUGACAUUGUUAUCAUACACGAACCCAAUCUGCCAUCUGGAAAAUGGGCUAUGGGCAGAGUAGUACAGUUACAUCCGGGGAACGACGGCCUCGUCCGCGUUAUACAUCAUUAA